AUGAGCUGGGACCGGCAGGUGGGCUCCGUCCUGACCGCCAUGGAUGACAAUGUGGCCAAGAUCAAGGACAGACUGUACAACCGGGCGGAGCUCAGUAAGGGAAAUUAUCGCUUUCAGUCACCACAGUUACUGUACGAGGGACACACCCCCUAAACCUGCCUCUCCGUGUGUACCGCCCACAUACAGCUCCCCACCUAUGGUCUCCUCAGAAGAUAUGGUUACCCUGAGCAGCCAGCUGCUGUCUCAAGCCAAGAUGAUCACCUCCCUGCACCAGGCGAUCGGAACGUCUAGAACGAGACCGCGACCACCAUCUGCAGAGGAUACAGAGCCUGGAAGAAGAGGUGCGCCGGUUGGCCGCUGUGCGGGGAGAAGUGACGGAGUCCCUGCUGGACCGGAAGGUAGAAGGGCUGAAACAGGAGAUGUCCUGUGAACUGCGCCACCUGCAGGAUGUAGUGAGAGAGACACUGCGGGUCUCCAGCCCCUCCCUGCGAUCCACAACCAGCAUCCUACAUGAGGUCAAUGAGAAUAAACGGCUGAUUUGGAAAGAAUACGAAAGUCUGCGCAGAGACACCGACUACCUGCACCAGAGAUUACGGCGGCAGGAGGACGACAUACUGCGGCAAAUUUCCGAAGGACAAGAGCUGAAGAGAGCGCAAGAAAGGAAUGCCUGUGCUCUGGAGGGGUUACUGAGCACCAAUCAGAUGCAGACGCAGGAGCUGAGCAGGACGCGGUUGGACGCGCAGAGUGUACAGAGGGAUCUGCUGCAGAUCAGGUCAGCGAUUGGAGAUCUGAAGGAAGAGGUGAGAAUUCUGGAAGGGAAGAUCUCUGUGAGGCCCCCCAAGGCAGACAGAGCGGGACGUCCCAGAUCUGCCAGGAAGCCAAUCAGCAAAUCUCCAUCACUGUCCUCGCUGGAAGACGCCCAAUCACAGCUCAGCCUGGCUGACAUCAGCUCUGAGGACACAUCCUACAGUCUCGGUGUCCCCACAGUCUCUAGAGGGUCCCGGGAAAGAUCCAGCAGGAGCCAGAAGACGCACAGCGACCUCAGCAAUAGUAAUCCCAGCGAUGACGACCUGGAUGACCUUUCUGACAGCCCCCCGGAGCUUAAUUUCAGUGACUUGUGA